AUGAGUUCAAGCGGCGGGGGUGCAAGGAAGGGCGGCGCCGGUAGAGGCAAGCCAAAAGCCACAAAGUUGGUGUCUCGAUCUUCUAAAGCGGGGCUCCAGUUUUCGGUCGGCAGAAUCGCUCGAUUCCUCAAGACCGAAAAGUACGCCGGGCGUAUUGGUGCCAGAGCUCCGGUUUAUCUCGCUGCCGUUCUUGAAUAUCUCGCUACUGAGGUGUUGGAAUUGGCUGGGAAUGUAGCGAUGGACAACAAGAAGAAUCGCAUAGUGCCAAGGCACAUUCAGUUGGCUGUGAGGAAUAAUGAAGAACUUAGCAAGCUUCUGGGUGAUGUAACUAUUGCCAAUGGGGGUGUUUUGCCCAAUAUCCAUCAAACUUUGCUGCCAAAGAAGGCUGGCUCUGGAAAGGGUGAAAUUGGGUCUGCUUCUCAGGAGUUUUAG